ACUACAGGGGGGGGGGGUCGUUUUUUCCCCUCCUCUCUCCCGUUACAGUAACCAGGGCCGUCGCUUCCUGCCAUAUUGUGAUCUCACGCAAGCUUCCUGUGGUCGUUUCCAAAACAGCAAAGCAAGGGUAUAACGUUACAGACCGCGGUGUUGAUAAUAAUCUAAAACUCCCAGUGUAUGAACACUUUUUUAGUUUAUUUGUCAGUAUAACAUUCAUAUUUUACACUGUCAGUAAGCGCUAUUGCACAGGUGGUGUCUCCGUGUUUGUGCUUGGCUCAGCCACCUUUCCACACAGCGAGCGAAUUCGAUGUAACGCUCCGCGCAUUAUGCUAUUCCAGCAGCUGGCCAUUACUCUUCCGAUGCACAUAGGCUGUAGCUCUUUACUGAUGGGGUCCUGAUGUUUAUGGACAGGCUUUCUGAAUAGAGAGCUCCAUCCUAUACCUUCUCCUUUCCCUGAGCCAGACGAGCGCAGCAAGAGGUGCCAUGCGGGUGAGUUUCUGCCAGGGCCUUCUGACUGGAGCCAUCGCUCUGAACCUGCUCAUCCUCUACUAUGUGUCCCAAGCCCAGCAGCAGAUGAUGGAGAAACGCCGGGACCCAGGAAGGGGCUCCAGGAAGGCUGCCUUACCUGCUACCGGGCUGGAGGGCGGCAUGGGGGGCCUGGUAGUGGUUGGCGCGGGGAUGGUUGGAGCUGGAGGUGUCGGGGGAGAGGGGAACAGCCACGGCCCUCGUGUGACUGUCCUCCUACGGGAGUUUGAGAAUUUUGAGAACUACGUCGGUGAUGUGGCACGCUCCUUCCUGCACCAGAGACCUGAGCUGCCCUUCCUGGCUGUGUCUGACACCCCGCCCUACCCCCCUCUGUCUCUCCCCGAGGGGGCCCGUCUCCUGGUGCUCUCCCCCAGCCCCGAGCAGCCUCCGCAGGCCCACCGGCCAGAGUUCCACGUUCAGACAGAGUUUGUGCUGCUGGUGCCUGACGGGGUGGAGCUGGAGCAGGGCCGAGCUGUGGAGAGGCUGAUCCGGGAGCUGGAGGGGGAGGGCGGGGGGCCCGUGAGGCUGGUGGCUUCCCCAGUGUUGGCACGCUCGACCGUUCAGUGCCUGCACCUGCGGGUCAGCCUUAGAGAGUGGACGGCCACCUAUUCCACAGCAGCGUCUGGGACCAGUGGUAGCGUGUGUACAGCCCUUCGGGGGGACGUGGUGGUCCUCAUCCGCUCCGAGGACCUCUUCAACCUGUCUGUCCCACUGGGGAGGCCCCUGCUGCCCUCACUCUUCAUCCAGACCUCCCUGCAUGGCUGGAAGGUCAAGCUCCUGGAGAGCCCCUGCUUCUCCCCCAGCCACCGGCCUCUCUUCAGCUCAGCCCACAACCAGUGGAAGGCCGACAGCCAUCUGAAGGAGGCCACUAGCCGGCUGAUGAGGAACUUUGGGCUGAAGCGUCUGCUACUGGCUGAUGGGAAGGAGCAGUGGCACGGCUGUGGGAAGGAGACGGAGCGUUGCUUCGGUACGGUCCGGGACGACACCCCUGAGUACCUGUACCUGGAGCGCUGGACACCUCCCUGCUGCCUGCGCGCCCUCCGCGAGACCACCAAGUAUGUGAUCAACAUCCUGGAGAGCUCCGGGGUGCGCUACUGGCUGGAAGGAGGCUCCCUGCUGGGGGCGGCCCGCCACCAGGACAUCAUCCCCUGGGACUAUGAUGUGGACCUGGGCAUCUACCUGGAGGACGUGCCCAACUGUGACUACCUGAAGAACCUGGACUCUGGUUCUCUGGUGGAUGCUAACGGCUAUGUGUGGGAGCGGGCAGUGGAGGGGGACUUCUAUCGGGUGCAAUACAGCGAGGCUAACCACCUCCAUGUGGACCUGUGGCCCUUCUACCCGCGGAACGGCGUCAUGACCAAAGACACGUGGAUGGAGCACAAGCAGGAUAUGGAGUUCCCCGAGCACUUCCUGCAGCCGCUGGUGCCGAUGCCUUUCGCCGGCGUCACCGCCUACGGCCCGAACAACCACCGCGCCUUCCUGGAGCUCAAGUUUGGGGAGGGGGUCAUCGAGAACCCCCAGUACCCCAACCCUGCCAAGAAGAGGCUGGAUAGGAGCAGGCUGUGAAGGAGGGGUGUGGCUGGGACCUUUGGAGCUUUCAUGUGGCCCAACAAAAGGACAACGAUUCGAGCCACAACCCAAAACAUAUACAGUUGAAGUCGGAAGUUUACAUACACCUUAGCCAAAUACAUUUAAACUCAGUUUUUCACAAUUCCUGACAUUUAAUCAGAGUAAAAAAUCCCUGUCUGAGG